UUCAACAUUUAUUGGAUGCCAACCACCGUUAAACUUCAACGAAGAAGAAGGAGUGUUUCCGUCAAGAUGGCUGUCGGUGCCUUCCCCAUCGCCAAGCUCCUCUACCUCGGUGUACGGCAGCUCAGCAAGCCCGUAGCCAACAGGCUCAAGGCCGGGGCUCUCCGGAGCGAGUUCUUCAAGACAUAUGUUUGUCUUCCACCGGGACAGAUUUACCACUGGGUGGAGAUGAGGACCAAGAUGAGGAUCAUGGGUUUUCGGGGUUCCACCAUCAAGCCCCUGAACGAAGAGGCGGCAGCAGAGCUGGGUGCAGAGCUACUGGGGGAGGCCAUCAUCUUCAUCGUCGGAGGGGGGUGUAUGAUCCUAGAGUACAGUAGACAGGCGGCCAACUCUAAGAGGAAGGAAGAAGAGCUGAGUCACACCAUUGGCAGUCUGCAGACACAGAUAGGAGAGCUGACCUUGAACACAGAGACACUGGAUGCCAGGCUAAGGGAGGUCAACAGGCUGCUGCUCUCCUUACCACCGCCUGUUACCACGCAAGUUCCUGUUUCGGAUCCUGCUAUCACUCUGGCUUCCUCUUCUGUGGAUCCCAGUCAAAAGUGAUGCCUGUGUCAUUUCUGAAUCAGCCUGAUGGUCGUCAGAUCUGUUUGCCUUUAGCCAAGUUCUCGCUCAUGUCAUAACUAACCUUUUCAUAUCUGUCUCUCUCUCUCUCUCUCUCUCUCAAUGUAGUGUUGUCAGACGAGACUAAAGGACUCUACACACACACACGCACACACACACACUCUGCAAACGGAGCGACGGAGAUCCGUUUGUGUCGAUCCCUGCUUACUUUUGUGCGGCUGAAUUUAUGGAGUGGACCGUGUGGGUGUGUGUGUGGAGUCCUUUCCGUCUAGGUUAUGAUGCCACACGAGUCAGCUGUUGGCUAAAACAGACAGAUCUCUGUCCACCAGGUUAUGUCUGUUAAUAAAAGGACUGUGACACUUAACCGUA